UGCCGCCGCGCUCGGGUCUCGUCGGUCUCCCCCCCCGAGGUUAUAUAAAGCCGCCGCUGACCUCGCCGCCUCCCCAACUCCAACCGCCACGGCGAUGCUGAGCUCGUACAGAAUCCUGUCCGCGGCCGCCCACCACCCGGCCCUGGCCGCCGCCUCCGCCCGAGCCAGCUCGGUGUGGUCACAUGUGGAAAUGGGCCCCCCUGACCCAAUUCUUGGGGUUACUGAAGCUUUCAAGCGUGACAGCAAUCCCAAGAAAAUGAACUUGGGUGUUGGUGCAUACCGUGAUGACAGCGGGAAGCCAUUUGUGUUGAACUCUGUCCGAAAGGCCGAGAGCCAAAUUGCAGCAAAGAAAAUGGACAAAGAGUACCUCCCUAUUGGUGGCCUGGCAGACUUCAACAAGGCCUGUGCAGAGCUGGCUCUAGGGAACAACAGUGAAGUCGUCAAGAGUGGACGGUACAUCACUGUGCAAACCAUUUCUGGAACUGGAUCUCUGAGAGUCGGUGCUAAUUUUUUGCAUCAGUUUUACAAGAACAGUCGAGAGGUCUAUCUGCCCAAACCAUCCUGGGGCAACCACACACCAAUCUUCAGGGAUGCUGGCUUUGAAGUCAAAAGUUAUCGCUAUUAUGAUCCUAAGACCUGUGGUUUUGAUUUUGCUGGAGCGCUGGAGGACAUUUCGAAACUCCCAGAGCAGGCCAUCAUCCUGUUCCAUGCCUGUGCUCACAACCCCACGGGGGUAGACCCAAAACCGGAGCAAUGGAAGGAGCUGGCUGCCGUCGUUAAGCAAAGAAACCUUUUCCCAUUCUUCGACAUGGCUUAUCAGGGUUUUGCCAGCGGCGAUGCUGACAGAGAUGCCUGGGCCAUGCGCUAUUUCAUUGACCAGGGCAUGAAUCUGGUUCUCUCACAGUCCUUUGCGAAGAACAUGGGACUGUAUGGCGAGCGUGUGGGCGGAUUCACUGUAAUCUGCAGUGACCCCGAUGAGGCAAAGCGGGUGGAAUCCCAGCUGAAGAUCCUGAUCCGUCCUAUGUAUUCCAACCCACCGCUAAAUGGGGCUCGCAUUGCUGCCACCAUCAUGAACACAGCAGAACUCAGGAAAGAGUGGCUGGAUGAGGUGAAAGUAAUGGCGAACCGUAUCAUCAGCAUGCGAGAGCAGCUAGUGUCGAACCUGAAGAAGGAAGGCUCAAUCCACAACUGGCAGCACAUUACUGACCAGAUUGGAAUGUUUUGCUUCACAGGACUCAAACCAGAACAGGUAGAGCGUCUGACGAAGGAAUUCUCCAUUUACAUGACAAAGGAUGGCCGGAUCUCCAUUGCUGGAGUCACCUCUUCCAAUGUAGGGUAUCUAGCACAUGGCAUCCAUAAAGUCUCCAAAUAAAGCAUCCAAGAAAGAGGGAAGACAUGAGGGGGUGGGGGGGAGAGAGAGAAAUUCAUCUUUUAACCACAGCCAGAGACCAGUCAACUUGUACAGUGUGAUAUUGUAGUUUGUUACCGUGUGGUGGAUGUUAAUUACUGAAGCACCUUGGCUGACAAGGGAGGGGGGGAAAUCUCCUGAAGUCCACCUUGUAAACUAAUAGUAACUGAGUGAGGUUUUGUCUCCUUGCUCUUGUUUGAAGGCAUGGGUUUGUACAGCAGAAACUGUUCAAAUACUCUCUGUGCUAUUUUUCUACAGUGAGCACCCAUGCCCUGGGAAUUUUUCAGACUGCUGCCCUGUUUUUAUCUUUUUGUAUAUUUUCUUUGCUUCAGCCCUCGGAGAGAAUUACUCAGCCAUUUGUUUUCACUUGAUCUGCUUUAGCACUGUUAUGCCAAUAUUUUGCAUGUUGCUGGUAGCUGCUUUCAACACUGGAUGUGGCCUUUCUUCACCUUUACCAAUAGAAAGUCUAGAUGUUGCAAGCAGUGAGACCCCUGCUAGCAGGUGCAAAGGCUGCAGUACAUUCAUAAGCAUGAUUGCUUAGCUUCGUAUUUGUCAAACUGAUACGCCUAUGGAAAAUCAAUUGAACAUUUCUUUCGGUCCCAGAAAUCCUUGUAAUCAUGCUGUGGGUUGUUUGGCAUGGCCCCUCGCCAAUAGGCUCCUUUCAUGGUAGAUGGGUUAUUGUGGGUUCCACUGGGGCGGGAGCUGUUACAUCUGGCUUAAGCAUUGCUUUCACCAUUGUGCAUUUUUAAAAUACUUGGCUGAGGGUUGCCAAGGGGCAGCACUGUUAUGGACAAGAAAUUCAAAGAGCUGUUCUAAGUAGAUGUUACAAGGCUGUGGAAGCAAACUUAGGUUUGCUGCCAGUUGGUAAAUCCUGUUUAAGAAUUAUCUAGAGCCUUAUAAACCUGUACUCAGGCUCAAUAAAGCAAUUGCUUAAAUUAGUAA